AUGCUUAGAUUUAGCCAAUGGAUUUGUCUCAUGAUUUUCAGCUCUACUAUAUGGUCAGCACCUCUUAACAGCACUAAUGAAACAGUCACGCCAUUAUUUGAUUCCAGCAGCUCGAGCUCGAUACUUCAUGACAAAAGCGAAUCACAUACACGACCUCCACCUCCACCUCCUCCACGUCCGCCUCCUCCACGUCCGCCUCCUCCACAUGGUCCAUCAGAUGGUUAUUCUUCUGGUGGAUCAUCUGCAUCAGCUACAGCAACUGCCGUAGCAUACUGCUUUUCUGGCGAUAUGUUGGUGACACUUACUACUGGUCAACGUAUUCCAAUUGGAAAACUUAGAGCUGGUGACAAAUUACUUACUAUUGAUGGAUCGAAAAUCAUCACAAGUGAAAUGGUCAUGAUGCUUGAUAAGCAUGCAUCAAUUGAAGGCAUCUUUUACACAAUUACCACAAUGUCUGGCCAUAAUAUCAGUCUCACUGGUGUUCAUUUAAUUCCUAUUAUUACUGUCGAUGGUCUGUUAAAUUAUGUACCUGUCAGAGAUAUAAAGAAAGGUGAUAUAUUAUAUGUUGUAUCAAACGGUACACUCAUUCAAUCACCAGUCAUCAAUGUAAAAUUGGAAGUCAAAGUCGGCUAUUUUAGUCCAUUGACUACUGCAGGCACACUUCUUGUUAACGAUAUUCUCGUAAGUUGUUAUGCCAAUGUGAAAAGUCCCGAUAACGCGCAUUUCUACAUGGCACCAUUUCGUUGGUAUUAUCAACUUUUUCGAUCACUAUCGAUCACAGAACCAUUUGGUAGUCAUGCAACUGAUGGAGUUCAUAUUAUUCCUCUAUCUAUGUACAAUUUUGCACGUUGGUUUCGACCAUCAACACUUUUACAUUAG